CGAUGGACGCAUCGCGUUACCGACCUGGCAAUGCACUGCCUGCUAGCACAGACAUUCUGACCCUGUCACAAUAGCGCGUCCGACAAAUCCGGAAGGUCGACCUUGCAAGCGCCGGAGGACGCCCGAGGCCGGCGCGUGCGGGGUGCAUACGGUGCGCAUCUGCGGGUGCUGCUUUGAGUAGCGGGAGGCGAGGUUUGACUUCGCCGUAUUCGUCCUCUGCGCAGCGGGCACGUCUCGCUAUGGUGCGUGACUAUCCUCACGUAAGUUUCGCUGCCGGAGAGGUCGGGUUCCAUUCACCGUGAAGGUAAGUGCGGUGAGUAAGUUGGGGAUUUGGGCGGGUAUAUAAGAAGGAUGGCACUCGCCUCAGUUUCCUCAUCAACUUCAGCUUCUCACCUACUUUUCACCUUCCUCAAGUAGCCCUUCGAGCCGCACACCCGCUCCUCACUUUCCUUCACUCUUUACUCAACACAACACAUUCACGAUGUUCGCCAAGCUCGCUGUCGCCUUCCUUACUCUCUCUGGUGCCGCGUUCGCCGCGCCCACCCGUGUCCUUGAGGCGCGCAACCUCGGUCGGGCCACCUAUUACGACCCGAACGGCGGCUACGGCGCCUGCGGCAACGUCCUCCAGAACACGGACAUGAUCGUUGCCCUCUCUGCUGACCAGUACCUCUCUGGCGCUAACUGCGGCAAGCAGAUCAUUGCGACGCAUGCUGGCAAGUCUGUCACCGUCACCGUGGCCGACCUUUGCCCUGGCUGCGCCGCCAACGGCCUGGACCUCUCGAGCACCGCGUUCUCGCAGCUCGCCGCGCUCGGCGAGGGCAACAUCGACGUCGACUGGCACUUCGUCUAAGUGCAUCGACAUCGCGUCGAUCCGCACUGCGAUGUAUCAUCAGGUGUAACCGCACUGUACUAUCGUCACGACGAAGUGUACGCCGCAGGGCAUCUCGUGUAUGUACUAACAGCACCACCGACGAGGGGGCCGCUUCACUGCUGGUCUCCCGCCACGCUGUACUACGGUUUAUUUAUAUUGGGUGUAUGGCUUCAGUACUAUUUAUCGGGC